AUGUGCGGGAUUACAGUGCAAAAGCGGAGGAGAGUGCUGUGGCAAUGGGAGCCAGUGACGACAGUACUGGUAACGGCCUACGGCCGCACGGAGAUCUCUGUUUACAUCACCUUUAGGAAACGUAUGGUAAAAGAGGUCGUUUUCAGAGUCGAUGGUGUGAGUGACUUUGAAGAUCGAAUUGCCUGCGAGUCAGGGAUCAAAAGCUUCUUCGCAACUUCUGAGGAAACCUACGUCAUCUCUUGGAAUUCCACAUUCAUUCGACCUUCCAUCCAAGAUAGGCAACACUGCAGCCACGCGGACCCCCCCUUGAUGAAGGAAGACUCAUUAGAAGCCCGUGGAGUCGUUAAAGUUCUUACCAUCAACGAAACCCUGAGCAACAUAAUCGCACCUCCGCGAGAGGGGAAACGCUCAGCGGUUAAACCCGCUGUAGCGGGAGUACGUCGGAAGAGGCAGAUGAAGUGUUGGAGGGACCGGCAUCAGGAGAUGCACCUGGCGGUUCCGCCGUCCAAGGAGCCAUGGCUCACAUGCGAUGGCGAUGUAGGUCCUCGCAUAAGAGAGUGGAUCGAGCGAGCCGCAGAAAAGGGGUUCAUGUGGAAAGAUGGCAGUUGUACGGACAGGCAGGUUGAAGCCUUGGCUGCCAUCUACGCGCCCACUGCUUUCGCUGACCAUUUGGAUGGCUUCUGUGGCGUUGCAAUUUUCUCACCUGCCAGUCAUCUCUGCAGCGCGAGUCAAAUCGAUGAUAAGUUGGGUCAGUCGUUGCCGUUCAACCGGAUGCCACUGAACGUCAAGUCAUUAUGA